AAGCUGAGCAUUAGCAAGCAGCACCUCGCAUCCUAGCAUAUUGACGCAAGUCGACACGCCAUAUCGCAUCAAGAAGCAACGAAGCAAGCAAUCAAGACAAGCAGAAGGACCGGCACCAACGCACCCGACCAACACAAACCAAGCAAGGCCACGAGCAAGCAACUCACAUCACAGACAAGCGUGCAACGAAGGCUCUCUUCUUCUCCACUGCACCAGCACCAUGUACGGAUUUCUUCAUCAGGCCUUGACAGCAUGGCUGCGGUCUCAGGAUGGAGGCGAGCAGACGCUGAAGGACGUGUAUGAACAGCUCAACAUCACCGGCUCUCCCGAUGACUUCUUCCGCCACUACUCGGACACCCAGACCAUGCUCUUCCUCGACCUGGCAUCCAAGGCGACGGGGCUGACGCUGGAGGAGUGCAUGUACGAGGCAGGCAAGAUGUCCAUGGGCACCUUUGUGCGCAACGGAUACGAGCCUGUGCUGCGCACCCUGGGGAAGGACUUCUUCACCAUGCUCACCAACCUGGACAGCCUGCACGACAACUUCCUCUCCGCCUUUCCCGAGAUGAAGGUGCCCUCCCUGCGCCCAGAGCGCAACCCGGAUGACUCCAUGUCCAUCCACUACUACAGCCAGCGCCGCGGCCUUGCACCCUUCAUGAUGGGUGCCCUCAAGAGCUCCGCCAAGAUGCUCUAUGACCUGGACAUUGACAUCCACCACCGCCUCAAGCGCGGCAAGGACAGCGACCACGAUGUCUUCCACGUCUUCAUGGACCCAAGGGGCUUCCCCGAGGAGCCGCUGACGACGGCUGCGGACGAGAAGAUGGCCACGGCGCAGCUCAAUGCCGGCAUGACAAACCGCCUCUUCCCCUGGCACUUUGCCGUGGACAAGGACAUGAAGAUUGUGUCCCUGGGCAAGCACCUCGCCUCCCGCAUGAAGAAGGAUUGCAUUGGCAUGCACGCGGAGAAGCUCUUCCGCAUCGCCCGCCCCAUCGACGCCACGUGGGACUUUGAGGACAUCAAGGCGCGCUGCGACAAGCCGUUCCUCUUUGUCACCAACCCGAAGCGCAUGCUGAGCGCGGAGGAGUAUGCGGCCAUGCUGAGCGAGCGGCAGCAGCGCCUGGCGCAGGAGGACCGCGAGCAGCGCCACUCAAACCUCAUCCAGCAGUUUGAGCGCCAAAGUAUCGAUGCGCACGCACAGGAGAAAGAGGCUGCCGAUGACUCGGCACGCCUUAACGUGCCCCGCUUCAGUGGAUUCUCCGGCUGCCCCAUGACAGGCCGUACUCCUUCGGGCCACACGUCCGCAACAACGUCCGCUGCCCACUCGCUGCGGAGCUCCAUGGACGCCCAUGACAUUCGCGCACGGGCACUGCGCACGAACAACAUCAAGUUGCAUGGGGAGGUGGUGUUUGACGAAGAACAGCAGGUGCUGCUCUUCGUCGGUAAUCCGCUCGUGCAAUCAACUGAGGAACUCGACACGCAAGGCAUUGACCUGGCCGACAUGCCCAUCCACUGCCACGGGCGCGAGGUGCUGUACAGCGCAAUGUGCCAGGCCGUGUCCGCAUCCAACUCGAACGAGGUUGAGGCCAAGCUUGCAGACCUCGAUCGCUCCAUGGCCGAAGUUCACUCCAAGAAGGAGCAGAUUGACGGCCUCCUCCACAGCAUUCUUCCGCCGGUGGUCGCAGAUUCUCUGGCACGUGGCGAGAUCCCGGCCGCCGAGCAAUACGAGCACGUGACUGUUCUGUUCAGCGACAUUGCGGGCUUUACGAACAUCUCCUCAGAAGUGCCCUCGCUCGAGGUGAUGGACAUGCUGCACGAGCUGUUUGUCAAGUUUGAUGACUUGGCGGACCAGCACGGCUGCUACAAGGUGGAGACGAUUGGCGACGCGUACAUGGUGACGGCGGGCUGCCCGGAGGAAUGUGAGGACCACGCUCUGCGCAUCGCCCGCUUGGCCAUUGACAUGGUGCGCACGGCGCAGACGGUGCUCUCGCCGCUCGAUGGUGAGCCACUCCGCAUCCGCGUUGGGCUGCACUCUGGCCCGUUGAUGGCCGGCGUUGUCGGGCGUGCGCGUCCACGCUACUGUCUGUUUGGCGACACCGUCAACGUCGCCUCGCGCAUGGAGAGCAACGGCCUGCCGGGAUGCAUCCAGGUUACGUAUCGGUUUCUGCGGGCGCUGCCCCCGGGCCAUGACUUUGUGAUUGCGUCUCGUGGUCACAUCACUAUCAAGGGCAAGGGCACCAUGAAGACUUUCUUGCUUUUGGGCCGCCAGGACUCGAACGACGACCCACUUGUGCCCACGGACGACGAUGAGCAGUCUGUGAGCGAGGAUGUUCGAUGCGCGCUCGCCUUGAACGCCCUCAAGCAACGGCUGCAUCAGACGGCAACCGCGCUUCCAACAAGUGCAAACAAGGGUGGGAAGACAAGGGACAAUGCACUUGGUACAUCGCUCUCGCAGCGCACGUCCCGUACUCUUCGCUUGGUUGGCUCCAUGAGCAACGGCUUUCAAAACGCCUAGCUGUGAUGCUCUACACCCUGCGAGCAUUCGACAAGGCCCGUGCGUCCGUGUUUGGUUGCAUCUGUGUGGUGAUACGCAACUGUCUGCUGCGAUUCAAGUCAUAUCCCACACCCCCAUGUCAGCAUACACGCUUUGUUCACCUGUCCAGUUGUUCAUAGUCUCGUUGUGAUGUGGGUGUAAUCACUGAUGGAGUUCUCACUGAGAUGUCGCGCUCGAGCCACAACCCUCUCUCCUUCUCUCCAUUCUUGUUUUGUUUGUUUUAAUGACUGAUUUCUUUUCUGAGCAGCGCGUGAAAUGGUGUGCUGGUGUGAUUGCAUGACGCGUGCAUGAGAUAGUGCGUGUGUAUUGGCAACCACGUGUCGUGCUCGCGACCCCAAGUUCUACAUAUUUUGUUCUUGCUUGCGUGAUGUGGAUGUGAUGACAGCCCGAUGGAUGGCGCCCCCACUCCCUUUGCUUUACUUGCUUUACUUUACUUUGCUUUGCUUGUCCAUUUCUUAAUUUCUGCUUGUGUUGUGGUGAUGAUCGCAUCCCCUGCUUGUUGCUGGUUGAUUUGGUGCGGCAGUCAGGUCGCUUGUACGCGCAUUGAUACAGCUGUGACAUGACACUAUGAUGUGUGUGACAUGACAUGACGCAGCAGUGUGACAUGAGUGACAUGAUGUGUUGUGACACUGGAGCCAGGGGUAUGUGCCAUGCCUGCAGCACGCUUUACUCUAUCGCGACACCAUAAAAUGUAGUGAC